GGACAAACACCUAAAACACUUAGUUGGAACUCUGCAUGUGGUCCAUUUAACUAGGUAGGGAGUUGGUGAGACGUCGUGUUGCAUAAUUAAUCAUAACUUCCGGAACCUUCGUUUAGAAAAAGAAAGAGAGAUUAAGUAGCCUAUCCUGGAAGUUUCUUUCUCUGUGAGUUAACAAAUGUGCUCAAAGCAAUUACGACGUUUUCCUUGUUCUGGGGUGCAACUUCUACAUUCCUUUAAGUAAAAUUCUUCGAUACAACUUUUUUGGGUGGAUACGGUUGUUUCUCAGUGGACGAAUAUGGAUCAAUUGUUUCAAGAUGACCGGCAGCCAAUACCGACUUGCGAGUUACACGGGCGAAGAACAUGUUUCGUAUGUCUGCAUAGCUACAACUGCGACAUAGACGGCGGUCACGACAUCUCCUUGUACUACUCAUCGAAUAAGGAGAGAAGGGCAGCGCCGUGUAGAGGUCAGGAUGCGCUGUUUAUCCCGCAGCUUGAUGCGCACUUGGGACUGACGGCCGGGCUCGACGGCGACAGCGAGCUCCCAGAUGGCCUCAAGGUGGAACAAGAAUUUGAUCUGAGAAGUAUAGACAUUACCCGGCCACCGGAAAUCGCGCCCAGAGAUGAGUGGUUCCACCACUGCAAGGAGUGCGAUCUGGUUUGGCUUUCGGGUGCUGAGGGAGACAAAGCGGCGGCAACACAUCCUUCUCACGUCGCCAUGCGUGAUAAGCGCACGCUGGUGUGUUGGGUUAAAGACGGAGGCUACCAGUUCGCUCCCAACUCUAAAUAUAAUGGCGGUGUUGAACAUUUGCAGCCUCGCGAGGCUUUCAUUGGGGCGACGGUCAAGAUGCUCCGGACGGCUCGUCAAGAAGUAUUGUCUGACAGGGUUUCGACGAUCACGGCUUCGGUCCGGACAAACAGUCAUACAUUUAUAGGCAGAGCAAGCAUUUUUCGUAUAGUGGUAUUGCUGUCGAAUUUAGACCUCGUUCAGUUUGUCACAGCACUAGGCGGUUGCAUCUGGUGGAAGGAAUGGUCAGAGACCUACAGGACACUAGACGGCGGGAUGUAUCACCCGGCAUAUCGACUGGGCUCAUAUAAGCUGCUGCACGAACUGGAAGUUGAGGUUGAGCUUUUGGCACGACACGGUAUCACGGUAAAAUGGUAUCUUAUUGAUCCACUCGUCAUCGACACCCUCAGCAGCCCAUCUGUGGCCACACCCGCUCGUUCGCCAGAGUCACCGAUGCUACCUAGCAUCAACAGAAACAACUCGCCCGACCUUUCUACGGCUCAGGAGUGCCCUAAUUCCUCCACGUCAGAUCUUUCAGGCUCUUCCAGGCUUCCUGCUUCCUCGAUAUCGGAUAUUCCAACUUCUCCUACACAGCCGCCUCCCGAAAAGGUCGGCACUGAUGUGAUGCAGGUGGACGCAACAGAAGGUCAGAGAGUGACAGAAGCUGAGAAAGUAUAGGUGCUGCUAGACUUCAACUUUGUCCUACCUAAUCUAUGAUAGAACUACGUAGCAAUUGAAAACGCUUCGCGAGACUUUGACUUUGCAACAUGGCAAUCGAGUUUGAUUUUAAGCAACUUCAGACUACCCCAAUGCUAAUAGAGCAUCAAA